CAUCACAAGACAGCUCCUCCUGCUCAUAAUUAUUCCAAUCGGCAAUCCUCCUUCAUGCCUCAUCCUGCAACCAAUCUGCAGAUACUAGAAGCCAGCUGUCCAGGUACUCCUCUUCAGCGUCAAGCAACUACACCUGUAUUGCCCGCCACCAAUCCGAGCGUCGGAGCCUGUCUCGUACGUGCCCCUCGCUUCGUUGCUAAACUUGCUGGUUCAGGCGGCCUCAGCAAGUAUAUUUCUCAGGCAGCUCGGUCAACAGAGUUAUUGUCUGUUACGACAACUCAAGAGCGUGUCUCGGCCCUUGGUCGUUCUUCCACCACUGCCACUGUCACACCAAGUAACUACUCUCGGAAUAACACCACUAGUCCUCCAAUCUGUAACCUAGAGACAUCAUUAUCCGCUCUCGAAUUGGCCGGCCCUCGAAUUGAGGAUUUGACAACUUCAAUCUCCUCUCAACCCCGUCAUCAUUUUAUUCAUACUGACUUAUCAGAUUGCAAUACUUCACCUCUACCUGUGCAUUCUAGCAUUCGCGAAGCCACGAAUCUCUCCACCUCGUGCGAUACCCAUAAUUUGGGCACUGCUCGCUCCGCGUCUGUCCAACUAGACUUUUACGUACAGAAUGAUCAGAACGAUGAUGCCGUCUAUGUUGAUGCGGAAGAGGUCGAGGACGAAGAUGACGAUGACUUUUUUAUUUCUAACCCCUCAGAUAUUGAUACUCUUUCUUUGGCUUCGGCACGUACCACAGGCGGUCUUUUUCCUGCACUCUUCCAGAAUGGUCAGCGCCAGGCAUCCACUUCUGUUGGAUUGUCAUCUCCGAGUCUCUUUCGACGUCCGGCUGCUGCCACAGGAGCCACUUGCUCAAAUUCAUCGACGUCAUCAUUCGCCUCUCUCCUU